UUUUUUAGAAUAAAAAAUAUACUAAAUACUAACAUACUGAUACACCUGCAAAGCUCAUUUCAAAAUGGGUGAAAGAAAAGGUGUAAACAAGUAUUAUCCUCCAGAUUAUGAUCCAGCUAAGGGUGGAUUGAACGCAUACCAUGGAACUCAUGCUCUUCGCGAGAGAGCAAGAAAGCUUCAUGAAGGGAUUCUAAUCAUACGAUUUGAAAUGCCGUAUAACAUUUGGUGCAAUGGUUGUGGAAAACAUAUUGGCAUGGGGGUUCGUUACAACGCUCAAAAGAGAAAGAUGGGGAAUUAUUAUACCACACCCAUUUAUAAAUUCCGCAUGAAGUGUCAUUUAUGUGAUCAACAUUUUGAAAUACAAACAGACCCUAAGAACUGCGAUUAUCAAAUAUUGAGUGGCUGCCGUCGAAAGGAAGAGAGAUGGGACACGGAAAAAGCUGGCAACGUGCAAACGACACAUCGCGAGGUGAAGGAGAAGAUGAUGACGAAUGCGAUGUACAAGCUUGAGCACGAGGUUGACGACAAAUUAAAAGUGAAGAAAAUCGCGCCGACAUUAACUCGUCUUGAAGAAAUAAGAGACGAUUGGAAAGAUGAUUUUGCUGUGAAUCAGCUGAUGAGGAAGAAAUUUCGCGCAGAGAGAAAAGACAUACAACAACAGAAGGCUUCGGACGAUGAUUUCAAAGAACGUAAAAAUUUACCCGACGACUUUGACUUGGUAAAAGAAAGUGAAGACGACGUAAAAAAAGCUCAUCGGAUCAGAUUUGGUCAAGAUUCCUCGACGCCGGAUGUACUACGAAGUUUACGGCGACGAAAAAUAAAGCAGUCCUCCAUAUUCGGAACAAGCGGUGCUAAAGCAGAGCUCGCAAAAUCGUUAUUACCAACUAAAAGGACGAAAGCUGUUGCCAUGUCAACGCCUAACAAAACAUUACAUUCGGAUAUUAUAGGAGUAAAACUUAAAGUUAACACGGAAAAAAACUUGACUUUGAAUAAUGAAUGUAAGAAAGGUUUAGGGGACAAUCAUACUGAAAAUAUAAUGACUUUUUCAAGUGAGAAGGAACGCGUAAGUGAGGAAUGCUUAGCCAGUAACGCAAAAGCGAAAUCGAAUAAAGAGGAACGUAACUCGAAAUUGUUAAACUUAGUGGAUUAUAACUCGUCGUCGAGUGAAUGUAGUAAUGACACGUGACAUAAUGCCCACUCGAAUUCCGCGAUGACUUACGGUAGAGGUCCUCGUCACUCAUAAGAAAGCAGAAGAUUAAAAUUUGUGACAACGGAAUUAUAUGGGUUGUGAAAUGUUGUUAUGAAACACCCUCAUUUCCAGAUAUUUUUCAAUUUUUCUGAAUGGGAAGGUGAGAUUGGCGGCCGUGGAUACUUUAAAGAAAGAAAUUUAAAUUCGGUUGAUUUGGUCAAGGAGGUCUUAAAAUGACGUGUGGAGGCGGUACGAUAAAAACCACGAGAAACAUUAAACAAUUAAGCUAAAGGCCAUGCAAUCAGGUUUUUAAAUCCCGAAACGGAUUUUUACAAUAAAUUACAAUAAAUAAUUAUACCUGAAAAAUCUAAACCAAAAAGUUUUUUCCUUCUUCAAGCGAGGAGGAUAAAGUAAUGCUGCAGGGCUUUUCUCAUUCUCCCAUUCUGGUGUAUCCAGUCUUGGGUAUUGUAAUAGAAGAUGCAAAACUAACACCGAAAAAAUGCAUAUCGCUCAAAAUUAAACACCUUGUUGACAAUAUGGGCAAAAAAAAAAUUUCUUCUUGGCAAAAACUCUCACAACCAUGACAAA